GGUGAUCAUAUUCUCUCUUUUUUAUGUACGUUGUUUGGUUUUCUGGGUCUUUCUCCCUCUCUCUCACCUUCCAAGUUCGCAUCUUUCUCUCCUCUUCUGCUCACAACUCGGUGAGUCUGUGCACACCAAAACAAUGGUGGAUCUUCAAACCGUUUGCUGCAUGUGCGGUGACGUUGGUUUCCCUGACAAGCUUUUCCGUUGCGACAAAUGCCGCCAUCGCUUCCAGCACUCGUAUUGUAGCAACUACUAUGGAGAAUUACCAGAGAUAGAACUGUGCGAUUGGUGCCAAAGUGAGGAGAAGAACUCGAGACAUAUUGGCUUCAAUUCGAAGAAACCGGUGACCGGAAAUGAGCCCGGAACGACAAACAGAUCUGAAUAUUCCGGCGAGAGAAUCAAACAGCAUGAUCGCGAAGAGAGUGGCUCUGAGAAGGGAAAGAGCCCCACGCCAUCGCCGCGAACCACCACACGCAGGUACAAGCUUCUCAAGGAUGUAAUGUGUUAAACAGAGGAAAAGUAAUAAAGCGUCUCAGAAGAAGAUAAAGCAAUAUUAUAAGUGACUUAUGUGACAAGUAGAUGGUUUGUGUUUAUAGCGUGUAGUAGCUUUGCAAAG